AUGAAAACCAUUUUGUUUUUUGCUUUACUUGCUUUCGUGCUCACAAUUAUAGCAAUUCUCAAAGAAGACGAACUUGAAGAUUCCAGUGCAAGCCUAACAAGAUGGCUACAAAAAAGAGAUAACGAAACUAUCGAAUAUAUUUUUAGUCAUGUAGGAAAGGUUACAGGCGUUGGUUUCCUCCUCAUGAGUGGCACGCUUUUCCUAAUUGGCAAAAGAGACAUAGGGUUAGUAGGCCUGAUAUGUGGCCUUCUUGGUGUCUGCAUUUCUGGAGCCCUUAAAAUGGAAUUUGCACAUCCCAGACCUUUUUGGAAAUAUUCAAAUUUAGAAGGAGAAGAAUGCCCAAAGGACUUUGGAACGCCUUCAGGCCACGCUAUGUCAGCUGGCGGAGGCUUAUUUAUUUUAGGCUAUAUAUGGAUUAAAACUGCAGAUUCCAAGCUCUGGAGAACAAUAAUCGUUAUUUUUAUAUCACUUAUUACAGCUAUUGAUAGGGUAUAUAUCGGUGUCCAUUUCCAUUUCCAAGUUAUUUUGGGAUAUUCAUAUGCAGCACUUGUUGUGGCAAUUCUUUUACACCCUAACACCCUGGAGUACAUUAAAAGCUUCAGAAAUAAUACUAAUUCAGUUUUACAAACACAUGUAGUUUUAGUUGCUGGAUUGAUAGUUGGAGCUUUUAUAUACGAUUACAGAAAUCCUUUAUGGAAUCCAAGCUGGAGCGAGAAAUAUAGGGAAAGAUGCCAUACUGGGCUAUCGGUAUAUAGUCCGAUGAUAAAAAGCUUUGGGGAAACCAACAUUGUGAUGUUUAUUGCCGGAAUGAUUAUUGGUGUCUAUUUUUUGAAAAAUAAAGCCUAUCCCAAGUUUAGCAUCAUACUGCUUAUCGUAUCUAUCGUCUUACACCACUUUUUAAUGGCAUCAUUAAAAUAUAUUGACGCUAUGAUCCUUGAGAAAUUUAUAAUUAAAAUAUGGCGUCUUCGUCUAGGUAUGCUCUCACGGCCAUACAUCGACACAUAUUUUAAUUAUAUCCGCAAGGUUUUUCUAGCCUUGAAAAGGACAGCAAUGCCACGUAACCAAUUCUGCAGGAGGCAGAGCCUGGCCCAAGUCCAAUUUCGAGACUGGUUUUUACCUCGAAGGAAAGGAGGGUUCAGAUCUGGAAAGGGCAAGCCCAGCAAGGUCUACAGGUAAUACCUAGACCAAUCGGGCAACUGCCUAGCGUGAAAUGGGCGUUUACGUCCCAGGAUCUGAACUUUAUCCUUUUGCCGAUAGGCUACCAGAAAUUCCAUUUUUGGAAUUUCGGAAUGCCAACUUCGUAUUCCCUCAGCCUUAGGAGGCUGAACAAACCCGUAGCCUGCCCACUCAACACUGGAGCUUUUUACAAGAAGUAAGGAGGAGACCGGACGGAAGGAAGGUCGCAAAACGGGUGAAUCCCCUAGGGGAUUAUCGGUGAUUGCGUUAAAAUUAAGGGCACGAGCCCGGCUAUCUAGUAAGAUAAGAUCCUUGAGAAUUUUAAACGGUCUAGUUCUUAUUUUCGUGCUGAGUAUCCAUAGAUACACAUUUGGGUUUGCCCACACCUUUCUUUUGCCGCAAUUGCUAUCAAUUAUAUUUGGUGAAGAAAAACAUCAUGAUUCAGAUGACUCAUUCCAUUGGAUUAAGUUGAAAUCUAAUUAA